AUGAAGACUUCCACGUUUGCUCUCGUCUCCCUUGUCGCUGCCGCGACUGCCAUUGCUCCUGGCUUUGCGGCCCCUGUUUCUAGCUCUACGACCUCUGCUCCUGCUGCAUCGAGCACUGUAAAUGCAGUGACGAGUGACCUAGACGGUCUCGUUACCAACCUUGUCAACCAGGGAACCAUCUUGUCCAGCGUCGGCGAGGAACUUAGUCAAAUCGUCAACUUAACCUCCGUGCGCAUCAGCAGCAUCUUGAAUUCCACAACGAAUGGCCUGUUGAAGCGCGACAACUCCACCGUUGGCGAUAUCGCGGGAGAGGUUGCCACCAAAGCCACCGGCGAUGCCCUCGGUGACGCUGUCAAAGCAGCUGCAAAGGAGAUCUUUGGCCGCCUGCACUUCCGUGACGUCGACGCUGGCGAUUCCCAUUUCGCGAAGCGGGACAACUCCAGCGUUGGCCAGGACAUCGGUCAGGCUGCCAUCAGAGCCGGCGAAGACGCUGCUGGAGAUGCUGCCACAAAAGGUAUCCUCAAUAUUUUCGAGCACUUCCUCAAGCGUGAUGAUGCCAAUAUUGGCACCAACGCACCUAUCCAAAACAUGUUCGGACCGGGACCACGCAAGCUCAACUUCACGGAGCCAUGGCGCCCUGUCCCUACUAUCCCCAUCAACCCUCAAACCGGCAAGCCCAUCCGUCGUGACUUCUCUGAUGACGUUGAUGCUGUGGUGACGACAAUCGAGGGUAUCGUCGCGGGGUUUACCGAGCGCAAGCGUGAUCUGUCGACCACCUUGGCUGGGUUGCAACAGAAGGUUAAUGAAGAGCAAGGAAUCUUCACUUUGAAGAAAGACUUCCUCAACCAUGACCUCGCCAGCGACGCCGCCGGCAUUGAGACGACGAUUGAGGGAAUUAUCAGCGGACUCUUUGAGCGGAAACGCGACGUCGAAUCGGACCUGGGAAGCCUGGAGCAAGAACUCGAGAGCGAGCUAAGCAAAAUCUUCACGAGGAGUACUAUCCCGUCAGACUUCAGCGGACUUGCACCAGAGAUUAAGAGCGCACUGGGACACCUCGCACGGAGAAAGCGUGACCUAUCGUCGAAUCUGAGCAGCUUGGCGCAGGAGAUUGAGCAGGAGCUCAGGAGGCUCGCUAGGCGUCGCGGUGUAGACCUUGAUUAG